UAAUGUCGCUUACAAAAGUACCAAUAAAUGAGAAUUUAUAUAAAUAAGCAGGGUCUCAACCUCUUCAAAAAGAUGCUCAAUAAUUAAUAAAAAGGGAAUACAAAAUGAUAUCAAAGGAAAAGAAGAAAUAGUUGAUACGAACUGUCCUUUAAUAGAAAUGCAAAAUCAAAAGAGUACUCUAUAUUAUAAUAUUUUCUUUAGAUUGCCAAGGAUCUUAAGAUUAAUUAUGCUACUGCUAAAACCAUCCUGCAUAAUUAUAGAAAAAAAAAUAUUUAAUUUGAACAAAAUGAAAACCUUAAACAAGCUACCUACUCCAAUAAAACAAAAUUCUCUAAAUUGAAUCUCAAAAUUAUACUUAAUGAUAAAGUUGUAAAGGAAUAAGAAUACGUAAUCACCACAUUUUGA